CUUGUCUUCUGUUGUUACAUUUGGUGUCGCUGCCUACCGACAAAUGAAAAGCCUAUACCCUGCAGUUUUUGAUGGAGACAUAUGGAUCUUCGGGCAGGACUUCAAGGCUUCUGCGCAGUUGAGUGGCGUUCAAGAUCUGUCAGCGAUGGAGCUGCUACCUGAGACGCUGCUGGGAGGUCGGGCGAAAGCAGCAUAUGAAGGUGUGGGCCGAAGUAUGGACGAAUGUUCGACAGGGUCAGGCAAACAGUUUCCAAAGUGGGAAGGACCAUAUAUGGUCACUUCGAGAUGGGGUUACGCAGACACAGUCGCAAUGGCGAACAAUGAGAGGCGCGUGAACGUCAGCGAGCUCCAGAAAUGGAUACAGCGAGACAAGCCAACGAUGACACCUGCACCAAGUAGAUCAAGCCGACUUCAGUCGCACGUAUUUGACGGGGGGACGAGUGUGGUGAGAGCAGGCUGCUAGCCGAUUGGUUGGCACUAAUCUACGUUAAGGUCUAGGUCACUAAUAUGGGCCGUGAACAAGCCUGAGUCAACAACCAAUCACAGCAAAGUUAACGUGGCAAAAUAUGAUUCGCAGAGAGAACUCUAUUUGUCAAGGAAUCCCGAAACAACCAAUCAGAAGCCUGCGUUUGUCUACCUAAACAACCAAUCAGAUGACUGCGCUUGUCUAUAAUAAUGUAGUUGAAAGAUGUAUAAAUACGUGUUGAUUUUCAUAAUAAAACGAUCUGUUGCCUGGCC